CCGGAGGCUCACGACGUGGCCCUCCGGUGCCCCGCCAAUGUCUUAAAAGAGAUUCUCAGUUUCUCUGGCAAAUCAAGUUAUUUGUCCCAAUCAGGUACGCUUUUUGCCCGCUGCACCUCUUGGCGUCCCCUCUGUAAGACGGCAGAUGGUCGCGUCCAAGGAAGAGGGCGACCGGCCGAAGCGGCGGGGAGCGAAGGGCGGAGCGCGUGCGCAUGCGCAGAGGCGGAGCCUGGCCGGCGCCCUGGAGCCCCUUCCCCUAGCCGGUGAAGAUCAUUGCUAGGAAGAACUCUGGGUACAGUAACAGCGUGCGUGAUGAUGGCUCAGAUCCUAAGGUCUCACGUGAUCAAUGCUUCAGUAAUUCCUAAUCGGGUGAAAAUGAAUCCAGAUCUUUGUAUCAUUCAAAAUAGAAUGAUGUCCACCCAUAAGUCCAAAAAGAAGAUCGGAGAAUAUUAUAGGCUGCUGAAUGUGGAUGAAGGGUGCUCUGCAGAUGACGUCAGGGAAUCUUUCCGUAAGCUUGCCAAGCGAUACCAUCCAGACAGCGGCUCUGAUACCGCUGAUUCUGCCACAUUUAUAAGGAUCGAAGAAGCUUAUAGGAAAGUGCUUUCCCAUGUGAUAGCACAAACAAAUGCCAGACAGAGUAAAAUUGAAGAAAAAGCAGAAGAGGAGGAAGAAAAAUUCAAAUAUAAGACACCCCAACACCGGCAUUAUUUAAGUUUCGAAGGCAUUGGUUUUGGGACUCCAAGUCAACGAGAAAAACAGUACAGGCAAUUUAGGGCAGACCGAGCAACUGAGCAAGUGAUGGAGUAUCAAAAGCAGAAACUACAAAGCCAGUAUUUUGCUGACAGUGUCACCGUUAGAGAUGUUAGACACAGCAGAGAACAAAAGAUAACUCAAGCAAUCGAGCGUUUAGUGGAGGACCUCAUUCAGGAAUCAAUGGCGAAAGGAGACUUUGACAAUCUCAGUGGGAAAGGAAAACCUUUAAAAAAAUUUUCUGGCUGUUCGUAUAUUGAUCCCAUGACUCACAACCUGAACAGAAUAUUAAUAGAUAAUGGAUACCAACCAGAGUGGAUUCUGAUGCAAAAGGAAAUAAAGGAUACCAUUGAGCAACUCAGAGAGGCGAUUUUAGAUUCCAGGAAAAAGCUUGGAAAUCCAAUGACACCGACUGAACACAAACAGUGGGACCAAGUUUGUGAGCAGUUUCAAGAAAACAUCAGAAAACUAAACAAGCGAAUUAGUGAUUUUAAUUUAAUUGUUCCCAUCCUGACCAGGCAAAAGGUCCAUUUUGAUGCACACAAAGAAAUUGUCAGGGCCCAGCAAGUAUAUGAGACCCAUAUAAAAGCAAAAGAAGUCGCAGAUCAAAAUUCAAAUCACACCAGUCAGGGAGAAGGAGAGAAAACACCCGGACUUAAGACUGGUCUUUUUAACUGGGUGAAUCUGUGGAAAUUUAUUAAAGUAUGACCAUGUAGAUGUUCUCUGUCACAGCAUUGUCCGGAAUAAUUUUCAGUUAUACUGACAUCAGUAUUGAGGCUGAGAGCUGUUGCUAUAACAUGAGAAUUUGAGAACUGUGCGCUUUGUACUUUUCACAAAACCAAUCACAUCCCUAAUGGUGUAUGUGGGGGGAGCUGUAACCAAGUAAGAUUCUCUCAGGAUAGCAAGAAAGGAAGAGAAUGUCUAAUGAAGACAGUUUAAUCCAUUUCAAGGUCUAAGUGUCAGUCAUCAGAGGCGAUGAGCUAGGGCGGGAAUUCAGAGAGGAUAUUCCAGAAGUCUUAGUGCAGUUUUAAGUUUUGAUUACUUAAGAGCACUUACCACUGGUCAUUUUUAAACACAGGUACUUAAGAAAACCUAAAUGUGUAUUAUCAAAAGUCGCCAAACUGGAGAAAUAUAAUGAGAUGUAACCAAUUAAGCAUGAUAUGUGGGUUUUUUUUUUUCUUUUUUGCAAGUUUGCUAAAUUUCUAUUCCUGCACUUGUUAAAGCAAGAAACUGUUCUAAGAUUUGUGGGAUAUCCUUUGUAUGAGUAGAAAUGUUAAGAUCAGAAAAUUAGCCUAGUGGAGUUGCUGCGCUCUUCUCUUACAAAGGUCUGUUCUGGGUGCUGGAUGAAGGAGAGGUUGUAGGUUGUGCUUUUUCCUGUCUACCUUAUGAUCCAUCAACUUGUGAAGUUGCUAAGUUGACUUAGCAAUUCUAGAAAUAAUAGACUCUGGUGUCUACUUUCUACAGAGUUUGAACGUAUUUUCUGACCCCUCACUUGUGAUCCUAGUCCUUGGCUCAGUGGAAGCCUGAGGUUUCCCUCCCAGUUUCAUCUCUGACCAGAGAUUGUAAUGUUGGGUUUCCCCAAACCUACUCAAGCCUCCCUGUGUCUUCAGACUCCCCAGGAGCUCUUGUGGCAAUAUGAAAUUUGUAACUUGCUCUCUUAGGGGUUCAAUUUCCUGCCUCAGGCAGUCUUUCAUGAACAAAGACAAGGCGUCUGGAUUUUGUGCAUCUGCGUCUUUGGCCAUAAUGAGAGACUGACAUCCGUGAGAUGUGAAGAUUGCUUUUCUGCAGAAGGGAGACCUGGAAGGGGGUGGAGGGUGGUGAAAGGAGCUGAUUUGUUCCCUCCCUUUCUGGAGCACUGUGGUGUAGACGUGGGAAUUGUGAGCCUUUCUGCCUAGGUGACGGGGCAUUAACUGGCAUAUCAUUAUUUAUCUUCUAUAAUGAUAGACUUAAUGCAAAUAAAACAGUGAACAGGAUGAAAUGCAGCUUUGUAAUCGCUGUAGUUCCAAAACAUUUUGGAAGGCUGCAAUUACGUGAAUCUUGUUAAAGGUAGAAGUUAGAAGAGGCCUUGUUUCAUUGCCGCAGUAUAAUAGAAAUGAAAUCAUUUUCCAUAUUGGACAGUGGGAAGGUAAGGUUACCAAUGAACUUCAGGAAAUUGCUUAUUUCAGCACGAUGCACUUUAUAUUUGUAAAUGUCUAUAUUAAUAAAGUUAAUGGUUUUUCAAUGAU